CGGAGGCCAGGCCGGUGGCGGUGGCGGGCACAGCCGGACGCUUCGGAGGCAGCGCGGAGCUGGGGUCGGCGCGGGGCCGAGGCAGGAGAGCGACAGGGGCCCCUGCUCGGGAGUCGGGGGUGGGAGCCCCGAGGGGGAGCCCUAGCCUGGAGCUGAGCCUGGCGCGGACCCGACCGGGAAGGCCGUGGGAGCCCGGGGGAGGGGGACGGACUGAUCCCGAAGGGGCGCAGCGUCUCUUUCGGGUCGCGGUUGGCCUUUGGACCCUGCGGGGACACAGUCCUGGUUUUCUGAGCCGCGGUGCGGACCACAGCCCCUUAGUGUGAGCCCCAGGGGGGACCCCGGGUCCCCUCCGCCCCAGCCCUCUUGGAGGCCCAGCAGCCUCCGUCUCUGGACUCCACUCUGUCUUCCAGCCACCGGCCCCUUUCCCAGGCUCAGUAGAGACCUCUAAUCUUUUCUGAAUGGCAGGGGACACCCCCAUCCCCUUUUCCUGAAUUCCAGCGGGGCCCAGUCCUCCUCUGAGCUCCAGCCGGGGCUCUGCUCUUCUCCUUCUGUGGAUGCCGGGGUCCCACCGCCUCUCUGAGACCAGGAGGGAAUUCCGACCUCCCCUUAGGAGCUUCCCGGGACCCCAGGUCUUCCUUUUCCGAAUCCCAGAGGGUCCCCAAGUCCUCUCUUCCCAAACUCUGAGCCCAAAGGUACCCCGGCCACAUCUCCUCCAAACACACAGAGGACUCCAGGUCCCUUCCUGAGUACCCCAAACUCUUAGCCCUACUGGGGUGCUCAGAUCUCUCAGGAAAACCGGUUUCCCUUUUGUCAGCCCCCCAGCGGGGACGCCAAAGCAGCGCCUCGGAGCUGCAGGGAGCUUCAGCGGACACCAGUUCUCAUUCCUCUGGAGUUCUUGGGGGGGGACCCCCUCCUGGGAACCCAGAUUCUAUCUCUAAGCCUCGGGGCGGGGGCCUUGCUUUUCCUCUGGGCCCCAUCCUCUUUGCCAAGUUCUUGAGGGCAACCUAGACCCUCCUCUGAACCCCAGAGGCUUCCCCAGCCCCGGGGAUCUUUUUUUUCCCUCUGAACCCCAGAAGCAAUCUCGACUUUCCCAUUUGAGGUUCCAGAGAGGACUCCCCUUUUUCAUACCCAGGGGAAACUGAGUCCCUCACCCCCUUCGAGACCCCAGGCCGCUCCUCGCUUCCGCCCCUCGAGGCCCCUCCUCGGCUCUGCCUCCUCCCUCUUCUCCACCCCACCGGCCAUAAGAUGAUGAUGUGGUCCAACUUCUUCCUGCAAGAGGAGAACCGGCGGCGGGGGGCCGCGGGCCGGCGGCGGGCGCACGGGCGGUGCAGGCCGGGGCUGACGCCUGAGCGCGAGGGGAAGGUGAAGCUGGCGCUGCUGCUGGCCGCCGUGGGCGCCACGCUGGCGGUGCUGUCCGUGGGCACCGAGUUCUGGGUGGAGCUCAACACCUACAAGGCCAACGGCAGCGCCGUGUGCGAAGCGGCCCACCUGGGGCUGUGGAAGGUGUGCACCAAGCGGCUGUGGCAGGCGGACGUGCCCGCGGACAGGGACACCUGCGGCCCCGCGGAGCUGCCCGGAGGCCUGCUGCUCUUGGUGAGCCUGGAGGUGUUCCGGCAUUCCGUGAGGGCCCUGCUGCAGGGAGUCAACCCGGAGCCUCCCCCGGCCCCACGCCUCACCUAUGAGUACUCCUGGUCCCUGGGCUGCGGCGUGGGGGCCGGCCUGAUCCUGCUGUUGGGGGCCGGCUGCUUUCUGCUGCUCACACUGCCAUCCUGGCCCUGGGGGUCCCUCUGUCCCAAGCGAGGGCACCGGGCCACCUAGAGCCACACCUGAGACUUCUCUAAGCAACCACCAAGCCCUUUGACCUUCUCCAUUGUACCCCCAAGAUCUUUUUGCUCCAUCUCCUGAGGAAACUGUGUUCUCCCUGCUCGGGGGCCCAUGUUUUUUUUACACGCCUGCCUCCUGUCCCCUUAUCCUUUCUCUGUAAAUACACUUCUCUCGGUGGCUGUAUGUGGUUUGCUUGGGGUUGGGAUGGGAAGAGGCUCUUUGCAAACGAGGGUCCCCAGGGAAGACUGGCGGGGACCUGAUGGGGUAGCUGGGGUGUGGGGCGGGGGCAUGAAGUCAGGGGUCUUGGAUGGGAGUCAGGGACCCCUUCAUUUCCCAGGUGUGGAUCGAUUCACUUGCUGGGAGAGACUUUUUACAACUCAUCUGCAGCUCAGGGUGGGGGUGGGGGGAGAUAGGGAAGGGUCUGACCUGGCUGUGAUCUGAUUUGAGAUUAAAGGUUUGGAAAUUUAA